AUAUAAAAGUUUAUAUAGAAAUAGAAAAGAAAUUAGAUGGUAUGUGGUCAGGAUAUGUUGGUACUGUGUCCUCUCAUUGGAGGCUUCUUCAGCAGCUAUCGCAAAGCGCGCGCUUCCCUAACUGCCGGAGUCAAUGGAUUAAAGUAAAAAUAAGGAUUGGGUUGAAGAUCUAUUGAAGCAUCUAUAUUUGCAUUAGCUGACCUAUUUUGAAGAUUUAUCUUGGAAAGAUCUUCAGUUUAAUUGGCGUAUAGAUAGCUAUUUGGAGUUUGCUCUAUGUUGUCAUGCAAAAGCAGAAUAUUCUUAAUUGCAAGGCAUAUUUUGAUUUUGGAAAGAACCCAAAUGGACAGCUUGAUUCUAGAGUUCCCUGUAUAGUUCCCAGCUUUCUGCAUGAGAGAAGUCAUGUUAGAUUAUGUCUUCUUAGGGCAAAAAUCCCUUCUACCGUUAGAACUUUGGACACAUUCCGAGCUGAAAGAAUCAGAGUGGCUGAUGAGAAUCAGGGAGAAUUGCCUGAUGAAGAUGAUGAUCUCUGUCCUGUUGAAUGUGUUAAAGAAUUUAAGACUGAUGAGGAAUUCUCCAACAUUCUUGAAAAGGCCAAAGAAAAAGAUUCUUUAGUUGUGGUAGAUUUUUAUCGCACUUCUUGUGGAAGCUGCAAGUACAUAGAGCAAGGGUUUGCAAAAUUAUGCAGGGGAUCUGGCAAUCAAGAAGCUGCAGUAAUCUUCUUAAAGCACAAUGUAAUUGAUGAGUAUGAUGAACAAUCUGAGGUUGCUGAACGACUUAGAAUCAAGACGGUCCCUCUCUUCCACUUCUAUAGAGAUGGCGUCCUGUUGGAAGCAUUCCCAACCAGAGACAAAGAGAGGAUUGAUGCAGCCAUUCUUAAGUACACAUCUCCUUCAUCUUAAGAUUCUUAAACUGGUCUGGUUAUGAUUCAAGUUCUUGCACCUCUAGAAUAAUUAAUAACGGGGAACUUCGACUGGAGGUGGAUGUAAUAAAGUGUUUUAGAACAUUGUGAAAUCUAUCAAUGUGAUAUUCAAGUUGAAUAUUACUUCAGAAACAUUUUGCUUUAAUGUGUAAACCAUACGAACUCUUUGUCUUCAGCGGGUGCUUAUUUGCUAUUUUGAUUAAUACCAUUAAAUGUUGAUUCA